CUAAAACGGACUAGAACGCUUAGCUACUUCUUUCGCCACCCAACGCUUCACCCUUCCUACAGUCCCCAACCAGCCGAACUUGGAAAAGCAACAAUCACGUAUUGUCUCUCUUACAAUCAUCCCCUUCGGGUGCUGUUACUGGCUAGCCUUGCGCCUCGCGUAACGUGUUGCCGUCAACCCGGGUCGCGCUUUCGUCGUUCUGUCACGGCACCGACUAGACCACCCCGUUGGCUGUGUUUUAUCAAUUCUACGAAGGCUCUGCGCACUUAGUCGGAGCUGAGUAGCUCAUGAAUGGCAUCGCCGCUUACCGUCCGGAAUCUGACCCCAGCUCCGAUUGUAUUGAAACGGGUCGAACGGUUUGAAGACCCCAAUACACGACAGUCGAAAGCUUCAGCAUUUCCUUUUACCUCAAAUGAUACCAAGUCUCUAGCGCCGUCGGCGCCUAGGCUAAGCAAACAUGCGCAGACGUUUAAGCAUCAAGAUCUAGAGAUCACCUUAUCGCCGUUCGAAUCAUAUACGCUGCAAAGUAAUAACGAAGAGCAUGUCGGAACGGGUGUAUCAACGCUCUCAACUACUGCGCUGCGCAUUACCGUCGAGAGCUCCGGAGGCGAGCGUUAUCGUAUUGAGGCGAAUCCGGCAUACACCCAGAAAGCCUCCCAGGCGUUUAUGGCUUUGACGCCUAACCCGUCUACCGGCUACACCGCUCUUUUCCAUCCAGCGAAGCCAGGCGGACACAUGACUAUUUAUGCAAAUCAUUUACAUGAAUUCUCGAAGUGGAUGGCUGCAUUGCCGCCCACACUCCCCUUGUCGGGGCUCAGCAUACCGGGAACGCACAACUCGCAUGCGUACUAUCGCGCAUUACCUUCAGUCCGAUGCCAGGUUGUCUCAGUGAAAUCGCAGUUGGAGAAUGGAAUACGGUUCCUCGAUAUUAGGGUCCAGCCCGCUCACGCCACAGAUACCACCAAGAAAGACCUAUAUCUUGUGCAUGGAGCGUUUCCAAUUAGUCUCACCGGGACGAAGUACCUCGAGCCGGUUCUGAGAAGCUGCUACGAGUUUUUGGAGGAGAAUCCGAGCGAGGCUGUCCUGAUAUCGCUCAAGCGGGAAGGUGUCGGCAGUUCGUCGGACGAGCACCUCGCUGAGAUUCUGGAAAAACAUUACAUCUCUCCGAACAAGGACAAAUGGCACAUCGGCACCAGAGUCCCGUACCUUGGGGAGGUCCGUGGCAAGCUCGUUCUAGUUCGUCGAUAUGAAAUCCGGGAACCAUCCUCACAGAGCAAGGGCUGCGGUCUCGACGCGACGGAUUGGCCGCAUAAUAGCACGCACGCCAUCCACGGCCCGUUCUACGUCCAAGAUUGGUGCGAGGUCAUGCAUCCUUCAGACAUCUCAAACAAACUACAAUACAGCAACGAACAUCUCGUCCGAUCAGCAGAAUGUACGGCCUUCAUCCCUGGCGUCAAUACGGACGAAACGAAUCCUAUUCCUCCGGGACCGCUGUACCUCAACUUCUUAUCUGGGAGUAACUUCUGGAGGAUGGGCACCUGGCCAGAGAAGAUUGCUAAGAUCGUGAACAGAGGGAUUGAAGAGUGGAUCUGCAUGGGACACCAUCUGGAAGACCCGUUGACGUCGCCGAGAGAACCCGGACGGCCAAGCGUUGAGAGCGCUGAGUCGGAGAGCGGUCAAAGAGGAGGCCUGCUUCGAAGAUCCAAGGAGGGCGAUGGCGGUACUGGAGUCGUCAUUAUGGAUAUGGUUGGUGAUGGUAGAGAUUGGGAUCUGGUCAAGUUGAUUGUGGGGAUGAACAUGGGUGUGCAGCUAAAGAUGCGAGAGCCUGGCAACACGGCUGCUGAAAGAUGAGCGUGUAUGGAGGAUGUCAUCGAUUCGGGCCGUGCGCAUGGCGACAUGCGGGCCUCCUGGGCAAACAACCGUACUUUUUCUCAAAACCUCAUAUAUAUUUCUUCCUGCUUCGACACUACAACUACUCGUCAAGAAAAGAAACAAAGCGAUUUUACCCGACCCACCUUGCAUUGAUAGCCACCUGCCUUGACCUACGCACGCUCAAAUGGACGAUAGGAAACGUUUCUUAAUGCUGAUACGAAAGGCUACUGCUGGAAGAGCUGCGGGGACAACGGGGAGUGGAGUAGUGCUAGACGGCGAAGAAGCAGAGGUCG